GGCAAAGUGAAGUGUUCCGAGUUGCGGACUAAAGACAAAAAGGAGCUCUUCAAACAACUAGAAGAGCUCAAGACUGAGCUUACCAAUCUGCGUGUAGCCAAAGUUACUGGUGGAGCUGCUUCUAAACUCUCGAAAAUCCGUGUUGUGAGGAAAGCAAUUGCACGAGUAUACAUUGUUUACCACCAGAAGAUGAAGGUUAACCUCCGUAACCACUACAAGAACAAGAAGUACAAGCCUUUGGACCUUAGGCCCAAGAAGACCAGAGCCAUGCGCAAAGCUCUCAGCAAACAUGAGUCCAAAAUAAAGACCAUCAAGGAAAUCAGGAAGAAGUCCCUGUUCCCUCCCCGAGUGUAUGCUGUUAAGGCUUAAAUAAACAUGUAAAACCUAAAA